AUGGUGACGAAGCCGUCACAUAACUUAAGAAGGGAGCACAAAUGGUUAAAGGAAACGGCGACUUUACAGGAAGACAAAGAUUUCGUAUUCCAGGCUAUCCAAAAGCACAUCGCGAACAAAAGGCCUAAGACAAAUUCGCCACCAACAACGCCAUCCAAAGAUGAAUGUGGACCAGGAACAACAAACUUUAUAACCAGCAUUCCUGCAUCUGGACCAACGAAUACUGCUACGAAACAACAUGAAGUCAUGCAAACUUUGUCGAACGAUACAGAAUGGCUCUCGUACACUGCCACAUCGAAUCAAUAUGCUGACGUACCCAUGGUUGAUAUACCAGCCAGCACAAGUGUUGUAUCGAACCCGAGGACGCCCAAUGGCUCGAAAACUCACAAUUUCAAUACUUUUCGACCGCACAUGGCUAGUUCUCUUGUCGAAAAUGACAGUAGCAGAAAUCUAGGUAGUAGAAAUAACAAUAAAAGCGUAAUCGAUAAUUCAAGUAUAGGCAAACAGCUCGAAAAUGAUAUAAAAUUAGAGGUGAUCCGCCUUCAAGGCUCCCUAAUUAUGGCAUUGAAAGAGCAAUCGAAAUUAUUGCUACAGAAGUGUAGUAUUAUCGAAUCCACAUCAUUGUCAGAGGACGCUAAAAGGCUACAGUUAAGUAGGGAUAUACGGCCUCAGUUAUCAAAUAUGUCGAUACGAAUAGAUAGUCUGGAAAAGGAGAUCAUAAAAGCCAAAAAAGAUGGAAUGUCAAAAGAUCAAAGUAAAGGUCGCAGUCAAGUUUCUUCACAAGAUGAUAAUAUCAUAUCAAGCAUUCUGCCCAGCCCCUUGGAAUACAAUACAUCUUCCAGGAAUUCAAACCUGACAAGUACUACUGCGACUACCGUCACUAAGGCAUUAGCCAUCACUGGUGCGAAGCAAAAUAUUACUAAUAACACCGGUAAGAAUAGCAAUAAUGAUAGUAAUAACGAUGAUUUGAUUCAAGUCCUGGAUGAUGAGGAUGAUAUAGACUGUGACCCUCCUGUAAUAUUGAAGGAGGGGGCUCCACAUUCUCCCGCAUUCCCGCAUCUCCACAUGACGUCAGAAGAACAAGAUGAACUUACAAGAAGGAGAAAUAUGCGUUCAAGAGAACCAGUCAACUACAGAAUACCUGAUAGGGAUGAUCCUUUUGACUAUGUUAUGGGUAAAUCUUUGAGGGACGAUUAUCCGGAUGUCGAAAGAGAAGAAGAUGAGUUAACAAUGGAGGCAGAAGAUGAUGCCCAUUCCAGCUACAUGACUACUAGAGAUGAAGAAAAAGAAGAAAACGAAUUACUAAAUCAAAGCGAUUUUGAUUUUGUGGUAAACGACGACCUAGACCCAACUCAAGACACAGAUUAUCAUGAUAAUAUGGAUGUUAGUGCAAAUAUUCAGGAAAGUUCUCAAGAAGGUGACACUAGGUCCACAAUUACCUUGUCGCAAAAUAAAAAUGUUCAAGUUAUUUUAUCAUCUCCCACAGCACAGAGCGUUCCCUCAAAUGGCCAAAAUCAAAUAGGCGUGGAGCAUAUUGACUUGUUGGAAGAUGAUCUGGAAAAGGACGCAAUUUUGGAUGAUAGCAUGAGUUUCUCCUUUGGCCGUCAACACAUGCCCAUGUCUCAUUCUGAUCUAGAGUUGAUAGACAGCGAAAAAGAAAAUGAGGAUUUUGAAGAAGAUAAUAACAAUAACGGUAUCGAGUACCUAUCAGAUAGCGAUUUAGAAAGAUUUGACGAAGAAAGAGAGAAUAGAACCCAAGUAGCAGAUAUCCAGGAACUAGACAAUGACCUGAAAAUAAUAACAGAAAGGAAGCUUACAGGUGACAAUGAACACCCACCACCAUCUUGGUCUCCCAAAAUAAAAAGGGAGAAAUCCAGUGUUAGUCAAAAGGAUGAGGAAGACGAUUUUGAUGACGAUUUUUCAUUAAGUGAUAUAGUGAGUAAAUCCAAUUUAUCUUCUAAGACGAAUGGUCCAACCUAUCCUUGGUCUGAUGAAGUUUUAUAUCGUUUACAUGAAGUCUUUAAACUGCCUGGUUUUAGACCUAACCAACUAGAGGCUGUAAAUGCAACUUUGCAAGGUAAGGAUGUUUUUGUUCUUAUGCCAACAGGGGGUGGUAAAUCUCUUUGCUAUCAACUUCCUGCAGUGGUGAAAUCGGGUAAAACACAUGGUACUACUAUUGUCAUCUCUCCGCUAAUUUCCCUGAUGCAAGAUCAAGUGGAACAUUUAUUGAAUAAAAAUAUUAAGGCGAGCAUGUUCAGUUCGAGGGGUACUGCCGAGCAAAGACGACAAACUUUCAAUUUAUUUAUUAAUGGAUUAUUGGAUUUAGUUUACAUAUCUCCUGAGAUGAUCAGUGCCUCAGAACAAUGCAAGAGAGCUAUCAGUAGAUUAUACGCAGACGGUAAGUUGGCUCGUAUUGUUGUAGAUGAAGCACAUUGUGUUUCUAACUGGGGCCACGAUUUCAGGCCUGAUUAUAAAGAAUUAAAAUUUUUCAAAAGAGAAUACCCUGAUAUUCCAAUGAUUGCUUUAACUGCAACUGCAAGUGAACAAGUCAGAAUGGACAUCAUUCACAAUUUAGAACUAAAGGAACCUGUUUUCCUAAAACAAAGUUUUAAUAGAACAAAUUUGUAUUACGAAGUAAACAAGAAGACCAAAAAUACCAUUUUUGAAAUCUGUGAUGCGGUUAAAUCUAGGUUCAAAAAUCAAACGGGUAUAAUAUAUUGCCACUCCAAGAAAUCAUGCGAGCAAACAUCAGCCCAAAUGCAAAGAAAUGGCAUCAAGUGUGCAUAUUACCAUGCAGGCAUGGAGCCUGAUGAAAGAUUAAGUGUACAGAAGGCAUGGCAGGCGGAUGAGAUACAAGUCAUUUGUGCUACUGUUGCUUUCGGAAUGGGUAUUGAUAAACCUGAUGUGAGAUUUGUUUACCACUUUACCGUUCCCCGAACAUUAGAAGGCUAUUAUCAAGAAACCGGCCGUGCUGGAAGAGAUGGGAACUAUUCAUAUUGUAUUACCUACUUUUCAUUCAGGGACAUUAGAACCAUGCAGACAAUGAUCCAGAAGGAUAAGAACUUAGACAGAGAGAAUAAGGAAAAACAUCUGAAUAAAUUACAGCAAGUAAUGGCAUACUGUGACAACGUUACUGACUGCAGAAGAAAGUUAGUUUUAUCUUAUUUCAAUGAGGAUUUUGACUCCAAACUGUGUCAUAAAAACUGUGAUAAUUGUAGAAAUAGCGCCAACGUGAUAAACGAGGAAAGGGAUGUUACAGAACCUGCCAAGAAGAUUGUAAAAUUAGUGGAAAGUAUCCAAAAUGAAAGAGUCACAAUAAUUUAUUGCCAAGAUGUCUUUAAAGGUUCGAGAAGCUCCAAAAUUGUUCAGGCUAACCAUGACACCUUAGAGGAGCAUGGUAUUGGUAAAUCCAUGCAAAAAUCAGAAAUCGAAAGGAUUUUCUUCCAUUUGAUUACGAUCCGAGUUUUACAAGAGUAUUCAAUAAUGAACAAUAGCGGUUUUGCUUCAAGCUAUGUGAAAGUUGGUCCCAAUGCUAAGAAAUUGCUGACUGGAAAAAUGGAGAUAAAGAUGCAAUUUACAAUAUCAGCACCAAACUCCCGUCCCUCGACAUCUUCUAGCUUUCAAGCAAAUGAAGAUAAUAUACCAGUUAUCGCGCAGAAAUCAACAACCAUUGGAGGAAAUGUGGCUGCUAAUCCACCGCGCUUUAUAAGUGCGAAGGAACACCUAAGAUCGUAUACAUACGGCGGUUCGACCAUGGGUAGCUCACAUCCGAUCACUUUGAAAAACACAAGCGAUUUACGCUCGACACAAGAACUUAAUAAUCUGCGAAUGACAUACGAACGUCUGAGGGAAUUAUCUUUAAAUUUAGGAAAUAGAAUGGUUCCUCCAGUUGGGAACUUUAUGCCUGACAGUAUUUUAAAAAAGAUGGCAGCAAUAUUACCAAUGAAUGAUUCGGCUUUUGCAACUUUAGGCACAGUGGAGGACAAAUAUCGCCGAAGGUUCAAGUACUUUAAAGCCACGAUAGCAGAUCUUAGCAAAAAGAGAUCAAGCGAGGAUCAUGAAAAAUACGACACAAUACUAAAUGAUGAAUUUGUGAACAGGGCCGCGGCUUCCAGCAAUGGGAUUGCCCAAAGUACUGGAACAAAAUCUAAGUUUUUUGGCGCCAAUUUAAACGAAGCCAAAGAAAAUGAACAAAUUAUCAAUCAAAUCAGACAAAGCCAAUUACCCAAAAAUACCACAAGCAGCAAAUCAGGUACAAGGUCCAUCAGUAAGUCGUCCAAGAAGUCUGCUAAUGGGAGACGAGGUUUUAGAAAUUACCGAGGUCACUACAGAGGAAGAAAGUGA